GCAUUGUGCAUAUGACAGCUGUCAAUAGUUUUAGGUUAUAUUAGGUAACAAAUAGCAAUGGCAUCAAUUUUAAGGCAGUUUGCGAAAACCCUAAUAGCACCAACUGCCCGUAAUGCAGUUGCCCUCAAUGCUGUACGAUUCAAGUCAACUGAACCAGCAGAAGUCAAAGAGACAAGACCUACCGUAAGAAAAGCUGACAUUGCAGCCCGAGCUCAGUUGAAAGAUUUUGGAAAAUAUUGUGCUGAUUGUUUACCAAAAUAUAUACAGAAAGUUCAGAUAACUGCAGGCGACGAAUUAGAGUUGCUUAUUGCUCCAGAAGGUAUUUUGCCUGUUUUACAAUUCUUGAAGGAUCACCACAAUGCCCAGUUUUCAAACUUAGUUGAUAUUGCUGGUGUUGAUGUUCCAUGUCGUACCAAUAGAUUUGAAAUUGUAUAUAACAUUUUGUCACUUAGAUUUAACUCUCGUAUUAGAGUAAAGACCUACACAGAUGAGUUGACUCCAAUUGAUUCUUGUAACGAUGUUUAUAAAGCCGCAAAUUGGUAUGAGAGAGAAAUUUGGGAUAUGUAUGGUGUAUUCUUUGCCAACCACCCUGAUCUAAGAAGAAUCUUGACUGAUUAUGGUUUUGAAGGUCAUCCAUUCAGAAAAGAUUUCCCACUUAGUGGAUAUGUUGAGGUGAGGUAUGAUGAUGAAAGAAAGAGAGUUGUAUGUGAACCUCUUGAGUUGGCCCAAGAAUUCAGGAAGUUUGAAUUGGAAGCUCCAUGGGAACAAUUUCCUAACUUCAGGGGAGCCAAUCCUGCUUCAGAAGAAGUUGAUAUUAAGAAAACACAGAAGUAGUUUUUUUAAAUUUAAUAUUGUUAAUUGAAUGGUAAAUUAAUUUAAAAUAUAAACAA